AUGAGCGAUGCCGAGUCCCCCUUGUCUAUAUUCGAAUCCUACGAGCACGAUUUCCAGGACUUGAUUCGGGAAAUCAAGUCGAAAUUGGAUGGGGAAGGGUCGAACGCCAGCAGCGGCAGCAGGCUCGCCACCGAACAGCGCAAGGCUGCAUUGAGGCGAGUAGAGCUCGAGCUUGAUGAGGCGGACGACUUGUUAUCGCAAAUGCAGUUGACUCUGCAGGCGAUACCAAAGUCCAUCAGGACCCCGUAUACCACGCGACACAGCAAUGCGAAGUCAGAACUGACUCGUUGCAAGAACCGUUCGAGGGAGUUACACGCCGCCGUCUCUCGCAGCGAGGUCUUAGGCACGAGUGGGGGCUUCGGUUUCGGCGGCAGCAAAGGCGCAAGCUCGGAUAGCCCAUAUGGGAACGAGAGGCAGCGACUCCUUGCCGGCACCGAAACCCUCGACGACGGCAGCAGGCGAUUGAUGGACAGUCAGCGAAUAGCGUUGGAGACGGAGGAGCAGGGUGCGGAUAUACUGAGGAAUUUGAGAGUCCAGCGCGAACAGAUUGAGAACUCGAGGAAUAUGCUCAACACGGCCGACGCGUCUAUUGGCCGAGCGUCGGGAACGCUGAAGAAGAUGAUCCAACAGAUGUACCGCCAACGCGUUGUCAUUUCCUUGAUUGUAGUGUUUCUCGUCGCCGUCGUUAUCCUGAUAUUGUGGUUCAAGCUUUUCCGGUCUCGAUGA